AUGGAGAGCCUCCCAGCCGAGUUGUUGCUGCAGAUUCUGGGAGACAGUCGCAUCAACAAUGCGGAUCUCAGGCGGCUUCGCCUUGUAUCGAAACAGGUCUCGGCUGCCGCCACGAGCCACUUGUUCUCCCGGAUUCACAUAUCGAAGCUCCAUUCCGACAGGGAGACGUUCUUCAACAUCGCGGCGCAACCGCAUCUUGCAGCGGCUGUCCGAUCAGUAACCUGGCUAGAGAUGGCCGAGGACUGCACCGAUCUUCCUUACGUUGCAUAUCCCCCGGCUGUGCUGCUGAGACCGCUCGAAACUUGGGUUCCGUCCGCUGACGAUGCUGCCGACUUCGAUUUCCUCCUUUGCCGCUUGCCACGCAUGGCUCGUGCCUUGUUCUGGCUCCCUUUCGAAAACUUCCAGUCGUACCACAAAGGAACCGAAGAGAGGAGAGAAGUAAUUCGCUCGUUUACGCCGGAUUUCUUUGCGGCACUUGACAAGAUGCCCAACUUGAGAGAGUUCGCCUCGCGGCCGAUGCACCCCAGGCGCGAACUCGUCCAGCCAUCGGAGCUGUCGACGCCGCUGUAUCCAUUGACAGGCCAGAUAUUCCUCCAGAGCAAGUGCAAGAAGACGAUGCAGCGCAAUGAUGGAUUUUGCACCUUCAUGAUACCAUACAUAGCACACAGAGCCAGUCUGAAGACGGAUACUCUUGCCCCCAUCACUCGACUGUAUCUGGUCGACGAGAGCAUAUGGUCAUUCAUUCCUAGAAUCAAUUCCGCUGUUGUCGAUGGUUUUCGGAAUCUCAAAUAUCUUGAACUUUGCAUCUCCAAUUGGCAAAACUCGCGUCACAUGAAAAGGCUCGGUCGAUGCCUUGGGGCAGCGGAAGGUCUCGAAGAAUUACGGUUAUGUCUCGAGCGCGAUGGUCUGGCUGGGAAGCAUAGUUCGACUGUAUUUGACCUCAUCUUUCAGCCCAAAUACCGACAUCCAAGGCUACGCGAUAUACGGCUGAUCGCCGUUCCCUUUACGGCCCUUCAGAUACUUCUUCUCAUUAGCAGAACUGCUGGGUCACUGAAACGACUCAGAUUUGACAACUGCAGUGUCCCCGGACGACUGAUAUACGCGCUGCAGCUGAUACCCAAUCUAUGGUUGGAGAGCUUCUCCUCAGUCUCAGCCACGGUACUGCAUGAGACAGAAGACGAACUU